ACUAUCUUUGUUUACUAGGAAGGCGUCGCUUGCUCCCCUUCCCCCCACACUCCGGUUGGCGAUUAGAUACGGCUAAGUGUAAAAAGCCGCUUUUGUGUGAAAUUUUACUAUUGUAAUAAACAAAAGCGAAACUAUGUCCGCGAACGGGCCUGCUGUUGGAGUCGACUCCAUAGACGCAAGACGAGGCGACGGACAAGAACAGUCCGAGGCUUCCUCGCCCAGCUCCAUGGACGUGGAUGCCCAGGCUCAGUCCCACAGCUUCAGAUACAGCCUCAAGUUCCCCAGCAUAGGACAAUGCAUCAUCAUCAACAACAAGAACUUUGACAGAAGGACGGGCAUGAAUCAACGUAACGGCACCGACGUGGACGCGGCCAAUGUGAUGAAGGUGUUCGCCAAGCUGGGUUAUAAAGUCAAAGUUUACAACGACCAGACGGUGGAGCAGAUGACCAACGUCUUGGUGGGAGUGUCAAAGGAGGAUCACAGCGGUUUUGCGUCGUUGGUGUGUGUUCUCCUCAGCCACGGAGACGAAGGCGUCUUCUUCGGCACGGACGGAUCCAUCGAGCUGAAGUAUCUCACGUCACUGUUUCGGGGGGAUCGCUGCAAAUCUCUGGUGGGGAAGCCCAAACUCUUCUUCAUCCAGGCGUGCAGAGGCACGGAGCUGGACGCAGGUAUCGAAACAGAUAGCGUGGACGACGGCACCACCAAGAUCCCUUUGGAAGCAGACUUCAUGUACGCCUACUCCACAGCUCCAGGCUACUACUCCUGGAGGAACACCAUGACGGGCUCGUGGUUCAUCCAGUCGCUGUGCGAGGUGAUGACCAAGUACGGCAAAGAGCUGGAGCUCCACCACGUCAUGACCCGAGUCAACCACAAGGUGGCCACGGAGUUCGAGUCCAUCUCCAACGCGCCGGGCUUCGACGCCAAGAAGCAGAUCCCGUGCAUCGUGUCCAUGCUGACCAAGGAGAUGUACUUCUCGCCUUGACACGUUAGCCCCCUCCCCACACCACCCACCCCCCACAGUGUUUUUGGUGGCAUUAUUUGGUUCUUUGUUGUUUGCUCUUCCACACGGAACCGAGGGAGCUCACUUGAUUGGCGGAUAAACAAUCAGAGCUCUUGUUGACACAUUUCAGGGAAUGAUUCUAGGGAAAGUACACUGAGGAAUUUUGCCCUUCAUCCACAAUCCGCAGUUAGCAUGCGGGAGCUAACAAUGCACAUUAACGGGACAGGAUGCUAAAAAGCUCCAAACUAUUCUCCUAUCGUCCAGCUGGUCUGGACUUUCACAUCACCAAGUCUUCCUGGUCCAAAAUCAAAAAGAUACGGAUUUGUCCAAAAGUAGUCGCAGCGGCUCUCAGGAAGUCUGCCAUGCUAAGCUAACAACAACAGACGCCAUCUUUCUAUACUACUGCUGCUGAUGGAAGUUGGGUUAGCUCCUUCAUGUUUAAAAUGACCAAAAUACUGCAAUAUUACAUGUUAUCGUGAUGGGCCCAUUACUGCAUCCUCACGGCAUGGAUGGUGGAGCUGGAACAGGCGUGUCCCGUUACUGUCACUGUUAGCGCCUUCAUGCUAACUCUUCCUAUCUGCAGAACACACAAGAAAAAUGUGCAAAGGAUUGUGUAUGAAGGGCAAAAUUCCCCCCAAAGAUUGCACUAAGGCUGCGUUCACACUGCAGGGUAUGAUGCCCACUUCAGAUCUUUUAGAAGAAUCCAAUGUCUGUGGUUGCAUUACCAAAAGCAUGCGACUUGUUCAAGGGUCUGGGAAGUGACAUGCGUGUCCAAAAGCACGACGUCACGUGUUCCCGUGUGUUUCUGGAAGCAAAGAUGGCGGCGGUGUGUGCGCUUCCUAAUACGACAUAUGAUUUCAAGAUAAAGUCAUAAUAUUAGCUUUACCAAAGGCCACACACUGGAAGUCCCGCCCAUUUUCAUAGCCGUCUCAGGCAAUGCCUGUUACGACAGAUUAUUCAAAUAAUCCCAUCUACAGAAUAAAGUCGCACAUUUACGAGUAAAAACUUGAAAUAGUUGUCAAUUUAUGGGGGAAAAAAGUUUAUUACAGGAGUUGCCUGAGACAGCUACGUCGUAAACUUAUGACUUUAUUCAUGUGAACUGACUAAUCAUGGAAAUGCACUAUUUUAUUCUCAGAAAUUUACGACUAUUCUCAUUUUCUAGAUUUUUCCUCAGAAAUUUGCAACUUUCUUCUCGGAACCUUACGACUUUAUUCUUGUUAUCCUACGAAUUUAUUUUCAGAAAUGGACAACUUUGUCAUCAGCUUACGACUUAACUCUUUGAACUUUAUACUCUUAAUAUGACAACUUUUUUUCUUGGAAAUUUAAGACUUCAUUCCAAUUUUUUCCCCCCAAUGAGUCCCUAAUACGCUGUCGUUUCGUACGCGUUUGUGGUCUUUUCAAGGAUUUUGGGCAACAGGAGUCGAUAGCGAUAUUUUCUUAACCAAAUGAUGGCUAUGGCAGUUUGCGUAAAUUUGCUGUUCCGAGGAGCUUGGGGGGGGGUACUUUUGAAAAUGAUGUUUGACUGACAAGAACCUUGGCCUGCAUAGGUGAUACCUUUAUCCAAGCCCGGCAUGCUAAACCACACCUUUCCAUGACUGCAGUAGAUGGGACACAUAUCACAUUUACGUCUACAUGUUAUAGUAUAAAUACACACUGUACAUGAAAAGUCAUAUACAGGUCCCGUAGGAGCAGCAAACAUGGGAAUUGACGUGCAGUGUAGUGUGAGCGUAGCCUGACAGGGAGAACCACCAAUGUUCUUUCUUGUCCAGUUGGGCUGCAUUUAUGCAUAUGAGCCAUAUCUCACAUAAGCAACUCAAAAAUGCAAAAGACUUGCAGAAAUCAGUGAAAAGCGCAAGUACGUUAUGAAGGAAAGAUGACAACAUCUCAUUCAUUCAGUUUGUGAUUUCUUUCCUGCACUUGUGUCUUUGUGUCAUGUUCAACAUUUCCAAACAAGAGAUAUUGUGAAAGCGUAACGUGAUGACUUCAAAAUAAAUCAAGUAA